GUCUACCAGUUAGUUUGACACAUCGUCUGCUCUGUGAAAAUGACGGAUUUUGGAGAGAUCCUGGGCACCAUCGGAGAGUUUGGUUUAUUCCAGAAGGUGGUCGUUCUCGGGUUAGCCUUCCCACAUUUCUUACUGCCAGUUUUCCUUUGUAGUUUUCUUUUUAUCCAGUCAGAUCCAGAGCGACACUGUAACACAGACUGGAUCCUCAGAGCUGAUCCUAACCUGACCACAGACGAGCAGCUGAACCUGACUCUGCCCCGGGAGGAGGACGGGACCUUCAGCAGGUGUCGGAUGUUUGUCCCUGUGGACCGGGACAUCGGCUCCAUCAGGGAGUACGGACUCAAUGAGACCACAGGCUGCCAGAGUGGAUGGCUGUACUACAACACUCUGUAUGAGGCCACCAUAGUCACUGAUUUUGAUCUCGUCUGCGACAAUUCUUACAUGACUGCAGUCGCGCAGACGGUCAUCAUGACUGGUUUACUUGCUGGUUCAUUCAUCUUUGGGCCAUCAGCUGAUACGUACGGCCGCAGGAGAACCACCCAGAUACCAGCUGUCCUCCUGAUGGUGUUCGCCUUAGUUGCUGGUGUGUCUCCAAAUUUCUAUGUUUACAUAGUGUUACAGUUCAUAGUUGGAGCUGCACUUGGAGGAUACAGAAUGAACUCUACUGUAUUAGCCACCGAAUGGAUCGGGGUCAAGAAAAGGUCCUUUGCCUCCUGUGUGAGCCAGAUGUUUGGAGGUCUUGGACAGUGUGCCAUGGCUGGUCUGGUCUAUGCUGUUCGUGACUGGAGAACAGCACAGUAUGUGAUAUCAGGAGGACAGGCCUUUGUAAUCCUGUACAUAUGGUGGAUUCCAGAAUCUGCAAGAUGGUUGCUGGGAAACGGAAGAAACGAAGAAGCUAUGAAGUUGAUACGAAGAGUUGCAGCAAUCAAUAAAAAGAAACUCCCAGAGAAUCUGCUCAACAUGGUAACUGAGGAACGAAAAGUCCAGAAAGGCGGAAUCAAAAGAAUUUUUACCUCAACAGUCCUGAUGAAACAUUUAGUCAUUAUAUCUUUUGCCUGGUUUUCAUUAAAUCUAGGCUACUUCUGCCUCAUCUUGAAUGUGGGUAAGUUUGGUCUGAGCAUCUUCCUGGUUCAGUUCCUGUUUGGGAUCUCUGAGAUUCCAGCUCAUCUCCUCUGCAUCUGGGCUCUGGAGCUGGUGGGGAGAAAAAAAUCCCUCAUAUCAACCCUCCUGGCAGGAGGAUUGUUUUGCCUCUUGACUCUGGUUUUCCCUCAAGACAGCGCCGUUGUUAUCACGGCGCUUGUAACCACAGGAAAGUUCUUUUUGAACUGGGCUGGUUCAGUAUGUAUGGUCUAUAUCCAGGAGCUGUUUCCCACUUCUCUCAGGCAAACGGCCGUUGGCUUGGGGUCCAUAGCGUUCAGAGUAGCAGGGUUGCUGUCUCCGUUGGUCAACACGUUGGCCAUAUACCACCAGUCCAUACCCAUCAUAGUCUUCAGCAGCCUUGCGGUGGUCAGUGGAGCUCUUGUCCUCCUCCUUCCAGAGACCAGCAGAAAAGAGCUUCCUGAUUCAAUCGAUGAGGUCAAGGGCAGCAGGAAAAUUACCACCAAGAGGAGUGACUCCAACAUGACCGACAACAAGGGCAGGAAAUGCACCAAACUCUAGUUGGCAGACUGAAACCUUUUGUUUUAGUUCUGAUUAUUUUUUUUUUAGUGUUUUUUUAAGCUCUAGAAACACGAAACCCAAACCAUGAGGUGCUGUACCCAGGUGGUGUGGCUGAGGGUCCAAAUUCUUUCUUCAUGUCAAUAUCUCCAUUCAUCUGUGCCUUUGCUCCACUGGUCUUCUGCUCUAAAAAUAUACUGUAAAAUGUAAAAAUUCAUCCAUUUUCCUUAAAACCUCGUCAGCAAGCACCGAACCAAUCAUUACAAAACUUAACCAAGAUCAUAUACACAAGAAUUUUCAAUACGUUCUGAUUUUACAAGCCAAUCAAUAUUCAUCAAAAUGUCUAAGUGUAGUAGAUGUCUCACCAAUGCAUUGUCUGAUUUUUAUGAAACAUCCAAUAUGUUUCAUACAAUAUAAUAUAAUAUAAUUGAAGUUUGCUUGUUUUCCAUAGACAAUGACAAAAGUUCACAUUUGGCACAGUGACUCAUAGUAACCUUUUUCUAACUUUCCUCAAAGUAUUGCUUUCGUAACUCAAUUCAGCAGCUUUAAAUUCCCACCAUGAAUGUCCAAUCAACAUGAAAACUGGUAUGCAGGUUUAUGAUGUCAUGAAGAGGGAAUGUACAAAACAUUGGACCAAACGGUCUCAAUGUGGUGCUGCAACAAAGAUGUUUACGUUUAAGCUUGUGUCUCCACUUUUAUAAUUCAUCAACUCAUCCGUGACGGUUUGUCAGAUUCUUCUGAAACUGAGUGUGAAUUAUCUGUAGUAGAUCCGUGAUCCGUGGAUCUGGGGGGUUAGCCUCCUGAUAUAGACUCGGCCUCCUGAGCGACUGGUGAAAGGUAAUCCAAACUGCUGCGACAGUCACAUUCCCGCAGCCAGCUUUUGCUAUUGAUAUAUUAAAAAAUCGGCAGUUACUCAAGUCAGUGCUACAAAUCUAAAUCACCGCUUUCCAAUGCCAAAUCUCCAAUCUCUAAUUUGCAUGAAAUUGCACGAAACAAAUACAUUUAAACUAAGUACCAAUGCUGUAAAAUGAAAUUAUCUUAUUAUUUAGCCUGUGUGUCAAAACUAAAUGGGCCUUAGAAAAUGUAAUGUACCGUAAAUGUAAUGAAAACCACAUUUCAUUAGCUACUGAAUAAAAAACAAGCAUCCAAAUGCUCCCAGUUUGCUUGGACCACAGUCA